GCGAGCUAGAGGGAGUGAUACAGAGAGAGAGAGAGAGAGAGAGAGAGAAGGGAGGGGAGUUUAAACUAAGUGCUAUGUUUUGGGACAGGCUAAUCUGCUAGCGAGCAGUGUGAGGAUCGGAGCGUAUUGUGUGAGCCAGUGUGCGGGGGACAGAUAAGGGAGCCAUCCAGCCCGACCACACGACCCACCGACCCACCGACCGCCUGACUGCCUGUUUUAAUGUGCUGACUCUGGGGAGAUUUAAAAAAAAAGACCAGCAUAUUGACUCCUUAGACGUGUGCGGAGACCCUGGGCACAAACGCCAGCACAGCAGCCACAGCAGAGGUGCAUCCACAGACAGGGGAGACAGAAAAACAAAAGCAUCCCAACUCCAAAAAAAUCAGAACAUUUAAGAGGAUUUUUUUAUCCCCCCUCUUUUUUCAAUUGAUUUCAUUUUUUCUUUCUUUCUUUUUUGUGUUCCCGGGGACUGACUCCUGACAGCCGCAAAGAGACCAGAAAACGACAGGAGCAAAAAAGAACCUGAAGAGAAUCUGAACAUUUUAAAGGACAGAACGACAUACAAAGAAUCUGAACAUGUUCGAAAUAAGCCGAACACUCAACGCCGCUUUGUUGAGCAAUGAGGGGUCGACAGAGACACAGUGGCGUCAGGCAGAGCUCCCACAGCUCCAGGGCUGGGCAGAGAAGGGAUUGCUGACGCAGCCAAAGAUGAUCAUCAGUAACAUGGAGGCUCCGGUGACAAACGGCCCCAGUGGGGGGGGCAACACGUCCAACGGGCCGACCACCAACAGCCGCGGCUGCCCCUCGCCCAUGCAGACCGGCCAAUCAAACGACGACAGCAAGACCAACCUCAUUGUCAACUACCUGCCGCAGAACAUGACCCAGGAGGAGUUUCGCAGCCUGUUCGGCAGCAUCGGAGAGAUCGAGUCCUGCAAGCUGGUCCGCGACAAGAUCACAGAGCACCAGGCUGGCAGGCAGCGUGGAUCACCGAGCCUUUCCCCGAUAGCAGGGCAGAGUCUGGGCUACGGCUUUGUCAACUACAUCGAUCCAAAGGACGCAGAGAAAGCCAUCAACACGUUAAAUGGACUCAGACUUCAGACCAAAACGAUCAAGGUGUCAUAUGCACGACCCAGCUCAGCCUCCAUCCGUGACGCCAACCUGUACGUGAGCGGCCUGCCCAAGACCAUGACCCAGAAGGAGCUGGAGCAGCUCUUCUCUCAGUACGGACGCAUCAUCACCUCCCGCAUCCUGGUGGACCAGGUCACAGGCCCCGCAGGUGGCUCCCGAGGUGUGGGUUUCAUCCGCUUUGAUAAGAGGAUAGAGGCUGAGGAGGCCAUCAAGGGUCUGAACGGACAGAAGCCCUCCGGCGCCGCAGAGCCCAUCACCGUCAAGUUCGCCAACAACCCCAGCCAGAAGACCAGCCAAGCCCUCCUGUCACAACUCUACCAGUCCCCCAACCGCAGAUACCCCGGACCCCUGCACCACCAGGCCCAGAGGUUCAGGCUGGACAAUUUGCUUAAUAUGGCCUAUGGCGUAAAGAGGUUCUCCCCUAUCACCAUUGACAGCAUGACCAGCCUGGUGGGCAUGAACAUCCCCGGGCACACGGGCACCGGGUGGUGCAUCUUCGUGUACAACCUGUCCCCGGACUCGGAUGAGAGCGUGCUCUGGCAGCUGUUCGGGCCCUUCGGAGCCGUCAACAACGUGAAGGUGAUCCGCGACUUCAACACCAACAAGUGCAAAGGCUUCGGCUUCGUCACCAUGACGAAUUACGACGAGGCGGCCAUGGCCAUCGCCAGUCUCAACGGCUACAGGUUGGGCGACCGCGUCUUGCAAGUCUCCUUCAAGACCAACAAGACACACAAGUCCUGAACUUUAACAGGUAGAAGCAGUUGCCCUGCGACUUUGUCUGCUCCCAAAUUGCCCCCAACCUCACCCCCCCUCCUCCCCCCGUCCCUUAGCCCCUUCAGUCACUACCACCCUCUACUACAGCCAUCCAACACAGCAAACUCAAACUCCAACCGGAACACAAAGCAACCAACAAACCAUCAAAUAAAUUGAACUAGAAAUGGCUUAUAUUAUAACUUUGGACCUAUAAGCCAAUGUUGCCUAAGUAUUACAAAAAUGAAAUGAUGAAAAUGUUCAUACGUUUUUCGGAGGCUCCUGUGAUAAUGCAGGCUUCCCUUUGUUGUAUAUUCUUUCUGUUCGUUGUGGUUGUUUCAAUGAGUUUUCUCUCUUCUGUGUAAACAGUAGCAAAUCCCUGUAUCCCCUAAUUUCAGAGAAGAGAAUGUCCUUUUUAGAUUGAAAACCUUUUCUCUGUCUUGAUUCAGGAUUUGUUUUUCUUUUGUAAAUCCGGAUCCACUGUCGUUAGUAUUAUAUACCUCCCUGUCGGUGAAAGGGAGGAGGCUCUUUUUUAAAUUGGUGAACCAUUCAUUCAUUUUUAGUGUGUAUCAAAAACGUCCCCUUAUCGAUUAUUAAAUGGGAUUCCACAGUCCCGGUAACUCUGAUGUAGAAAAAAAAAAGAAUUUCUAACAUAAUGUCUUUCCUCACUGGGGUUCAGGGAGAUGGGGCGAGGGAGGGGAUGGGUUAGCUUUCCUGAUGACACGUAAUUUAAGAGAAAAAAAUAACACUGUUGCCAAAGAGAAGAUCUCUUUGCUUGAAACAAAUGCGUUUAGAAAAAGAUAAAAAUGAAGAGAAAGAAGAUCUAUUUUUAUAAAUGAUAAUUAAAAGAAUAAUUAUUGAAGAAUUUUUACAAGAAUCUGGAUUUGAAAAAAGAGAAAAAUAUUUUGACUGGCUAACUAGGGGGGGCCGGGGCGGGAGGGGGGGGACACCACCUUGUCUUGUCGUUCUGCCGUGGUACUUUAUAGGAUCGAAGGUCUGCUUGUUUUUUGGGGAAUCCAAGUUGGAGGUGAUUUUGUAGAUGGAAGGGAUGCAAACCGAGGCAGGUGAUUUUGGUAAUUUUUCACAUAUGUACUAGUGCGUAAUUAUUCAACAGCGAUACCCAAAAGGGAAGGGAGUGGGGUCUUUCCGAGGCCCAACCAUCCUUAUAGUCCAGAGCCCAAAGCAAGAAGACCCUUUGUCCACUUGUUUUCGCCAUCGAGUCAAUAUGGGAUAUCAGUAAAUAGAUAUAUACACAUCUAUCCAUUUAGAGAGCAUACUAUACAUUACCUAUAUCAUUUUUCUUCGCUCUGCGUUUGUGAAUUUGAAAAGAACUUCCUUUUAGCGAUCAACAGUAGGUGCUAUACUACAUUAUUCACAUAUCUUAAAUAUCCAAGUUUGUUGUUCUAUGUGUUGUUUAAAGAUAAAAAAAAUACUUCGAUGUUGGCAUUGAAUUGAGCUGCUGUUCUUUGUUUAAUAUUUGUUUAUUGUUAAGCCCAAAAGAAUCUGGUGAGACGAUUUCUUUGCUGAAAAACCAGAUGAUUGAUUUUGUUGGGCCUUGUAAGAAUCACUGAACUUUGAGUUGGUAUCUUUUUGGUUUGGCUUGCUGACUUUUUAGGUUACUUGCUGAGCGUGAAACGUUUGUCAACACUAAAUGAUGAUUAGCUAGUUCCGUUAGUCUAGAUAUUUGUUUCCUUAAAAAGGAUCUAUGACAACUGUGUCUUUAUUUGCUGUGUACAAAUAGAUGAUAUAUAUAUAUACAUAUAUAGUCUACAUUUGUUUUACAAUAUCUACUGUACGAUAUGAGUUGUCACUGUUCUUUUGUUUGAGCUUGUCUUUUUCAUAUGACAACUUAUUAUGAAGUGGUGGUUCAGUUACUUAGAAAAACUUGUGAGGAAACUGUUCAAUUGUUGUCAUGUUGCUUGUGGAGAAAAAAAAAAGAUUUGGAUUAACUUUCAGUUAGCUAACCGCGGCAAAAGAAACCGAACAAAAGCUUAGAAUAUAACUGUAUUUGUUUACUUACUUAUCUAUUUUUUAAGACUAUUUAUUUUUUCUAUUUAUUUGUAUUUAUUCAAUAUUUAUUAAUUGGUUUAUUUAUCUGUGUAUUUAUGUAUUUAUUUGUUUCAUUGUCUGUGUAUUUGCGUGAUUCUGGUACAGGGAGGGGGCGUUUCUGAGCAAAAGGGAACAAAGCGACUAGUGGAGCGGCUCGUCCAGUAGUCCACUGCACUGAGAGAACUUUUAGUACGUUCGUGCUUUGUACCAAUAUAUCAAAAUUACAAUAUAAAAAAUCUAAAAGUCAAGAAAACUGAAAAAAAUGUCUGGAGGGUUGGGGGACGCUCUUCCCUUAUUACUAGAAACAGUUACUCGCUAUGCAUAACCUAGUUAAUAGUUACAUUUGCUAUUGCUUUUUUCUUGUCUUGUUCAAAUGAAAUCUUUAGAUCUUUUUCAAUAAAGUUUAGUCUUAAUAGAAUGUUAUAAACAGUCGUUCUGGUUCAAUAUAACCUGUGAUAAGUUUGUGUUGUUCUAAAAAGCCACUCCGUCCACACCCUCCCUCCACUUACUACCGCUUUGUGAUGAAACCUUAUGCAAAAAUGUGGGUCUGAAAGCAUCGUUUUCAGUUUUCAGUGAAACAUUUUAUAUAACAUCCAGCUCUUGGAGGCUUGGGCACAUAACAUUUUAAAAAAACGGGAGCAAAUGCCCAUUGUUGUUUGAGGGUCAUUCAUUGCACUGGACUAAAAAAUCGGUCACUUAAGAGUCAAAACUUAUUUUUAAAAAUCAUGUUUUCAAAUGACAUACCAACAAAUCUAAAAAAAAGAAAAAAAACAGAAAUUGUUACCAUUGCACACCAACUGUGAUUUACAGCAGUUGUUGCUAUACUCUGGAGAAAUGAAAAAGGGAUUGUACCGAUUCUAUAUUUUAUAUACUCUAAUAUGAUAUAUAUUAUAUAUUUUGAAAGGUGAAAGGGAAUGGUUCCAGAAGUAUAAAUAUGCGGAAUUGGAUUAUUUUGUUUGUUGUUAAGACUUGAAAACAUGAAGGAGGUGUGCGGAGAGCAUUUCAAACACUCAGACGCAUGCUCGCAUAGGGACAUCCUCCUCUCUCACACCUCAGUCAUCUGACAGGCCGGCUCAUCUAUAUCCUCAUCGCCAUCCCGUCGUCAUCCAAUCACAUAGUUUUAUAACGUCAUUAACGGCAACAAACCCACCCACCCACCCACCAACAGACCAACCAGACCCUUCACGCUCCCCGCCGCCGUCGGGAGCUUGAAUUAUGCAACGACCCCAGUAGAAUGUUGUUCUGACGUGUGAACUAAUUUCCUACACUUGUAUGACUUUUGAACUCUUACGAUGCGUGCCUGUGUUUCCGCCUAGACCCUGUGUGCACAUGUGUGAGUGUGUGCGCAUGUGUGCAUGUUUGUAUGCAUGUUCCUUUUAUGUAGUUGUGUGCCGUGUCCUCAUUAUGUGUGUUGGCGUGGUUACGUGUUUGUGAUUGUGUGUGUGCGAUUGGGGUCUGUUUUGUGCACAUGUAUACUUAGUAUAUGUGUGAAUCCCUGAGUGAACGUGUGUGUGUGUGUGUGUGUGUGUGUGUGUGUGUGUGUGUGUGUGUGUGUGUGUGUGUGUGUGUGUGUGUGUGUGUGUGUGUGUGUGUGUGUGUGUGUGUGUGUGUGUGUGCUGAAACAUGGGGCUGCGUCACCUCGCUCUAUGCCCACCCCUAUGGCUCACACCAUCCCCUGUAGCGCCUUAUAGUGGCAGCCUGCCAGUAGGAACAACGCAGCCAGUAGUGGAGGAGGGAAGGUGAACAGAGGAACUCGGCUCUUCUUGUCAGUUUUCAUUUGUUUUCCUCCUGAGACGUGUUUGUUUACUAUCUGAAAAAUCUAUAAACGAAAUCUUUAAAGACAAAAAAGACGAAAAAAUGUUCACAGGGCCCCAUGACCGCGGCUCUCUCUACUCUCUCCUGCUUAUGUUAUUACUUAACAAUUAUCAAUGAUGAUUAUUAUGAUUAUUAUUGCUAUUAUUCUUAGUAUUCUUAUUCUUAUUAUUAAUCCAAUUACUGCGAUGAAUGACUUCAUGUUAUCCUUGCUAGUUUAGGUCAUUUCUGAAACUGGAAACAAAAUAAAAAUCUUGCUGUAAAUGUUCGUUUUUUCUUUUUCAUAAAACUGUUGUGUUUGAAUUAUUUGUACUUUUGAAUGUUGGGACAAUAAAAUGAGGUGUUAAGAGCUUG